UUCCAAACUGAACAAUACAUUAAUGGGAGUGAUCUCUCUCGCCCACACCAGAUUUGGAUCUCACUGGUUUGGAAUGGGGCCAUAAACGACCCUGUAUGUAAGGCGCCUUCCGUCGCAUUCUGACUCCCUCUCUUAGCCAGCCGCCGGCGCGUAGAAGAGGGAAGCAUGAAGAAGCUGGUCCGUUGGGCAUACGUCUACGGCGUUGGUCAAGUUCUCCGGCUAUGAAAGGUUUGCCUCUCAUCAGUGGACUGCAGCGCCGGAGCCAAGACCGGCAAUUCCGGCUGGAGGCACCGGUGACAGUCUCUGGGAGCCCACUACGUCACAUACCUUGGCUAUUCUUUCUCAUUUGUCUCUGUAUCGGAGAAAUUUAGGCAUUCUUUUUCGUCUUUGUGUAUUAGUUAUAUGGUAGCCAGUUGGGUUUUCUAACUUGUUGGCGCCUAAUUUUCUCUCUAUUUAUGGGAGUAUCGAUGUGGCGGGGUGGGGUCGUGCUUUUCUUCGGAAUAUACUCAUCUCUUCGGGCCGGGAACUCCGAUGCCAGGGUUCCAUUGUUCCAGCCGAGGAUGGCCGUCCAAGGAUGGCCAAGGAGGAACCAUCCUCGAGCAGAAUCCGGCAAUCUGCAUUUGCCGGCUCAUCUACUAGUUUGCUCUUGUUCACUUUGAAUCGUCCUUGCAGUUUCCAUUUCCGUAUGUAUACUCCAUUUGCAACUUCUACCAAACGAAGACGACCUUCUUUAUGGCAGGAUUGAAGACAUCAAUUUGGGCGAAUUUCGAAGAAAAUUGGCAUGCAUUCUCCUCCAUGCUGAUCUUACGUACGUGAUUAUGAAGAAGCAUUGCCUAAUUUUCAGUACGUCUUCUACGAAGAAGAAUAUUUCUGAACAGAGUACUCUGAGUGCAAACAUGCACCAGCAUCCGAGUAUAUGAAAACCUCCAGAACUCACACCAUUUACAAUGAUUCUUCACCAGUCUAGCUUACAAUUCUGGUGGAAAAGACAGUGGGCAGGGCUUGCUAACUUGAAACUUCUGUUCUGUUUUCUUUUAUGUAAGAACAUCCACAAGUUUAUGGGGCAUCUGUUUUUUAGUGGUCAACCAUGCUGCUGAAAGCAACUCCUCAGAGGCUGCAUGGCUGCCCAUGUAGUUUUCUAGUUUCUAGAUUAUUCUGUAAUUUUGACUCUGCAACCUUCAAUUCUUGCAACCCCCAUGCUGAUACGGAACACUGCAAUGAUGGUGAUGAUGAAAAGUUUCAGUUUGUGAAGAAACUGUCUGUAAAGUCUAGGAGACACAAAGAAAACAUGGAAGGCUUUGACGUUCUAAACAUUUUUGAGUAUGGCAGUAAAAGAGCAGCGGUUGAAGAGACAGGGCAUUUGGGAUUCAGAAUUUUGGGUUCUGUAGAGAAGGAUGGAGAGAAUCAACAACAUGAUCAAACAGAAGAAGAAGAAGAAGAAGAAGAAGAAGAAGAAGAAGAAGAAGAAGAAGAAUGUGAUGAUGAAGACCAAGAGGGACAAAUUGUUGCAGAGUUUGACAGCGAGUGCAAAAAUAGGGAAUUACAGGCAGAAUCAAACCUUGAAUGUGGAGACUUGGUAUUUUCUGAGAAUAUUAAACACAAGGAGCAAAUUCGGAAAUUUGAAGAAGAUGAGAAUACAGCUAAGCACCCUUUAGUAAGAGAAAUCUGUAGACUAAUUGGGCAACGCUUCUCAUGGAAUACUGACUUGGAAGGGAAGUUGAGGAACCUGCUCAGAAGCUUGACACAAGAACAAGUUUGUGCUGUUCUCCGUGCUCAGAGAAAUGAAAAUGUUGCCCUCAGUUUCUUCUAUUGGGCCGAUCGACAAUGGCGCUAUCGGCAUGGGGGUAAAGUUUACCACACAAUGCUUGAGGUCCUCAGCAAGACCAAGCUUUGCCAAGAUUCUCGUCGGAUCCUUCGAUUGAUGAAGCGCCGGGGAAUUGAUCAAAGGUCAGAGGAUUUUGCAAACGUGAUGAUCUCUUGUAGCCGUGCAAACAAGUUAAGAGGUGCAUUGCGAACACUGAACUGGAUGCAGAGGGCAGGGCGUGAACCAAACUUGUUCAUCUGCAACACCGUGUUCCACAUCCUUGUCAUGGCCAACCGAUUAGAGAAGGCAAUGCGGUUCUUGGACAGAAUGCAGAGGAUAGGUGUACCUCCUGACGUUGUUAGCUACAAUAUUUUGAUAAAGGGCCUUUGUAUUCGUCACAGAGUUGAUGAUGCAAUAGAUUUAUUUGAAGAAAUGCAAGCAAAUGGGUGUUCACCUGAUAAGAUUAGCUACCAUACUAUAAUGGUAUUCCUGUGUAAGUAUAAAAGGAUUGGAGAAGUAAGAGGCUUGUUGGAGAAAAUGUGGACAGAGAAUAGCUUAAUUCCUGACCAGGUUACAUAUUCCACACUGGUACAUGUUCUCUCAAAGAAUGGACAUGCAAAAGAAGGAUUUGAAUUCCUGCAGGAAUCAAAGAGUAAGGGCUUUCCAGUUGAUAAAGUCGCAUAUAGUGCAAUAGUUCAUGCUUUCUGCCGUGAAGGGAAAAUGGAUGAAGCCAAAGAGGUUGUUAAUAGGAUGUUCAUGGAUGGUUGCAUUCCUGAUGUCGUAACUUAUAGUGCUGUUGUGGAUGGGUACUGUAGGGUAGGAAAGAUAGACCAUGCAAAGAAGAUAAUCAAGGAGAUGCAUAAAAAUGGAUGCAAGCCAAAUACUGUGUCAUAUACUGCUUUGCUUAAUGGGCUUUGUAAGCUGGGGAGGUCCACUGAGGCAAGGGUAAUGCUUGAUGCAAGUGAAGAGAGGUGGUGGACUCCAAAUGCUAUCACAUAUGGUGCUGUCAUUCAUGGUCUUCGAAGAGAGGGGAAAUUUGCUGAGGCUUGUGAAUUGGUUAUGAAGAUGAUAGAGAAACAGUUUUUUCCUACUGCUGUUGAAAUCAAUUUACUGGUUUAUGAUAUGUGUAGAGAUGGGAAAUCAGCUAAUGCAAAAGAAUUCAUGGAGGAAUGCUUGAGAAAGGGAUGUAAGAUUAAUGUGGUGAACUUCACAACUCUCAUUCAUGGGUUCUGCAAGGAAGAUGAUACUGAAUCUGCACUUUCAUUAUUUGAUGACAUGUAUCUGAACAAUAGGCAUCCUGAUGUGGUGACAUAUACUACGUUGAUUGAUGCUCUCGGACGGAAGGGCAUGCUAGCCAAAACAACUCGACUAAUAAACCAGAUGCUUAAAAAGGGGUUGAUUCCUUCUGCUGUAACUUACAGAACAGUAAUUCAUAGAUAUUGUGAGAAGGGAAAGGUUGAAGAACUAUUGGGCUUGUUGGAAAAGAUGAUGCAGAAGCAUCAUUUUAGGACUGCUUAUAACCAGGUAAUCGAGAAGCUUUGUAAAUUUGGAAAACUUGAGGAGGCUUAUACGCAUCUGGAUAAAGUUUUAAGGACAGCCUCCAAAUUAGAUGCUGAUACAUGUCAUGUGCUAAUCAAGAGAUUCUUGGAUGAAGGGCUCCCACUAUGGUCUUACAAAGUUGCUUGCCGAAUGUUUAAGAGAAACCUAAUUCCUGAUGUAAAAAUAUGUAGAAAAGUGAAGGAGAGAUUGAUUCUAGUGGGAAAUUCAAGUGAAGCAGAGAGGCUUAUGGUGCAAUUUGUGGAAAGGGGAUGCAUUUCACCUCAGCAGCAGUAAUAUCUCUUUGUUUGAGCAGAAUUGCUGCUUAUGGGCCACAAAGCUGUCUAGGAUGAUGGUUAUGUGUUAGAAAAUGCUUCCAGAAUCAUGAAUUGCAAACUGUUUGUUGACCAACAGUUGAAACUAGGAUCUGGAAAACCUUAUUUUGGAGGUAACAGAUCUACUGAUUCUUCCUAUGAAGGCUUGGCAGGAUGCUCCCAACAUGUCAGAUAUUUGUGCCUUUCCAAUAUCUCAAUUUCAAUAUUUCCCAGAUUACACUUUGGACUUGUCCCAGAUUACACUUUGGCCUUGUCUCUUCAUGCAGCUUUCUUAGGCAUUUGCACACCUUCCGUGAAGCAUAAAGUAAGUUUUAUGUUUUCUAUAAUUCUGGUCAUCUCCUUAUUGUGUAGUUCGAGUGUUGGAGCUAUUGACCAUCAACUUUAUUGCGAUCCCCUGGUUUAAUAGAUGAAGUUGGUAUUGGAUAUUUGCUUCCUUUUCUGGUUAACUCAUGACAAAUGCUUGUAUUGACCAUUAACAUGUCACUUUUCAUGCUUUAUUUGUCAUAAAGAAAUGAGUUAAGAUUCAACUUGGUUUCACCUAAAAGAAAAAUAAAUAAAUAAAUGAUGGUAGCGUGAGUUUGGGAGUUGACCAUUUAACAGGUCCAUCUAUUUUGGUCUACUAAGAUGCAUAGCUAACAAGAAAUUAGUGUUCCUUUUCUAAUAUUCACUUCCCUGCUUUGCUUUGCCCGUCACUUCAAGUUGCUUCCUCAAAGCCAAACUGUGCUAAUAAAUUGUGUGCAUCUAAGUGUGAUCUACUAUUGCAGAAGUGCCGAAGUAUGAAUACAUUUGAAAAAUAAAAUCCAUUUGUAAUUUAUAGACAUCUAAUAUUGUAAGAUUUGGGCAUGGAUGGUUUGUCUUUCAUGUAGCAUAUGGUGGCAGUAGAACUUUGUCUGUGUCUCCUUAUCCUCUUUCGAUUUGUUUAAUCAAAAAAUGAAAAUGUAGUUCUGCUUUAUUCAUGCUUACAUGCAGUUCCGUACUUAAGUAAACAUGGGUUUACAAUCUUGUUCACAUCAAUUUAGCAAGAAACCUAAUUUAUGCAUUUGAUGCUAAAGAGUCAGAUUGAUUCUGCACCUUGAAUGCUAGAUUAGAGAAUUUCAUUUUGUUCAAUAAUAUAUUUAGCAGCUGGGGCUUAAAUUCUAGUGGUCACAAGGCUCAUUUUGGUGUACUGCUGAAUGAUCAGAUGCUGCGAGAUUUUUCUUUAGAGAUAAACAUCGAGGUAAGAUGCUACCAUGGACAUUUCUAUGACGUAAUAUUUUUCUGGCUUAUCAGGAAAAAAAUGCACUGCACAAAUUAUAACAGCUCCCUCUCCUUCGUAGAAGGAAGCUGCUCAUUUGUUUUUGUGGUAGAAAAGAAACCAAAUGCAUUUCAUCUUUUAAGGUUUUCUAGUUUCGCCAUUUAUAGUUUAGUUAGAAAAAGACCUUGAGAACUUUGUGGGUAUAUGCAUUAUUUUAUUUAGGUAGUUGCUUUUAUAUCGUCCUUUGUAAUUUCUACUCUUCAAGUUUUCUUUGUUUGGUUCCUUUUCUUUUUACCCUGUUUUGAAUAAUGUGGCUGGGUCUGGAAACCACAAUUUUCCUACUUUUCCACUUUGCAUAUGCCAUUUGCUACCUAUGUUCUUAUGCUUUACAUUGGUUGUGUACCAGAUAUGUAUCUUCUAUGUUUAAAUUAGUUGCUUGGAAAUUUUGCUAGUACAUUUAUAGGCAGAGCCGCAGAAGUAGAUUAAUAAAUUGUCUAUUCUUCAUUGCUAGAGGUAGAUUUCGGUUGAAUUUAAAAGUUGCUCCCUUUUUCAGGUUAAAGUGAGCGCCUCAAACUUGAACCUUCCAGGUUUAACUAGUGAUUUUACAUAGAUCAGCAUUAUAUGAACAAUGGAACAGUACGGCUAAAAAUUAAAGAAAGCAGACCUAACUGCUGCUGGAUUUUAAUAUUCAAUCAUAGAACAGAUGUUAUCCGUUACCACAGGCGUUCACUACUUGAUGGCAUCCGGACCAUGGUAACACUCCAUUUAAUGUGCUUGCUGGAUCUCAUUGACAGCAGUUUAUUUCAGGUUCUACAAGUGUACCACAUUUUCAAGGGGAGCUGCGAUGUUUGUCGGCAAAAUUCUCAACCCCUAAAUGGUAAAGCACCUUGAUUGUAGCAGGUCCAUGGUCCUUGUAGAUGGCUUCUUGUAAUUCCAGUGGCAUGUACGGCAUAAAAUCAGUGGAUCAUAAGCUGAUAAAAAACUAUUAUUUAGGGGCAUGGCUACAGCACCAGCUUGGACAAGCUUCUUUUGUAUUAUGUGUUAUUCAUUGUGAGGUGUCAUGACCGACGCGAAUCAUCAUCAUCGUCUUACCGACAUCAAUUAAAGGGGUUCCGCAUGCAAGUAACCAUAGUUUUUCCUGAUUCUUUUCUUUCUUAUUUACAGCAAACUAGCUGAUUAGAAAGAUCACAGGGGUUUACUUUCGAACUGCCUUCCGGGACAUGUCUACUGUUUGAUCGAAGAUUCAACUACUUUUACGCUCGCCAGUUACGAUCUUUCCUAUUUGGCUACAGCGGUCCUAAGCACCCCAGUUACAUCUUUAAAUUAUUAUUAUUGUGCAUGUAUCUGCAUUCUGCGUAUAAUAAAAGAUUCGUUUGUGAAGAGAAUCCUUUGGGUGCAGUUGGUUUUCUAUUCUUUUUAUAUUUUUUUGCAAAAAUAUGUUUGGAAGGAAAACUUGGACUGGAAAGUGUUAAUGUAAAGUCAAGUGCAAUGCA